GCUGUGCAGCGGUACAGCAGCUAUAUACAGGCGGCAGUGAUACAGGCAGGGGCUGUGCGGCGGUACAGCAGCUAUAUACAGACGGCAGUGAUACAGGGCAGGAUAGCUAUAUACAGGGGCAGUGUGCAGGGAGGCGGCGCUGUGCGGCGUUACAGCAGCUAUAUACAGGCGGCAGUGAUACAGAGCAGGGGUUUUGUGUGCGGCGGUACAGCAGCAAUAUACAGGCGGCAGUGAUACAGGCACGGACUGUGUGGCGGUACAGCAGCUAUAUACAGCUAGCAAAGAUGCGGGGGAGGUCCAAUACCAAAACGACGACGUUUGGCAUAGGGGUUUCCCCAGUGAUUACUAUGGAACAGUUGCUGUGGGUCAGUGGGCGAAUGAUUGGCGGAGUUGACACAUUCCGUAUCCCUCUGAUCACCUACACCCCUCGGGGACACCUCUUGGCAUUUUCCGAAGCCAGGAAAUAUUCUGCCUCUGACCUAGGAGCUAAGUUUAUCGCCACCCGCAGGUCACAAGAUGGAGGUUACACAUGGAAAGCCACCUCCUUCAUUGUGGAUGAUGGCUCCACUCCAGAUGGACUCAAUUUAGGAGCUGUGGUGGUGGAUGAUGAGACGAGAAACAUCUUCCUGGUGUACACGUUGUGUGCCCACUACCUUCAAUGCGAGGUUUCCAGUGUCAUGGUCACCAACAGCUCAGAUGAUGGUAUAACGUGGAGCACCCCAAGGAACCUCUCACGUGAGAUUGGCACCAAAAUGUUUUCCCCAGGUCCCGGAUACGGAAUCCAGAAAAAGCUAGAGCCAAAGAAGGGGCGUCUCAUUGUGUGUGGUCAUGGAACCCUGGACGAGGACGGAAUCUUCUGUCUUCUAAGUGAUGACCAUGGGAACACCUGGAAAAAAGGGGGAAGCCUAGAGGGGCUUCCCUUCAAGCAACAAAAAAGGCAGGGGGACUUCAGUCCAGAUGAGUGUCAGCCCUACGAGCUCCCAAAUGGCACAGUGGUAAUAAAUGCCCGGAAUCAGUACUUUUAUCACUGCCGCUGUCGGAUUGUGGUGCACUCUACUGACGGUUGUGACUCUCUGCCACUGGAAAACGUCCGCUUUGAUGAGAACUUGCCGGACCCAGCUGUGGCCGCGGGGGCUUUAUACAAGGAUGGAAUGACCUACUUUGUUAAUCCAGCAAACCAGGCUCAGAGAGUAAACCUCACUCUGCGUUGGAGUUCCACUUCUGGGGACUCUUGGGACCAGAAGUCCAUCCAGAUCUGGCCGGGCCCCAGCGGAUACUCGUCCCUGACCACCUUGUCGCAUCGGAUCGAGGACAGUGAGAACCUCUUCAUCAUCUACGAGAAGGGCAGAAAGGACAUUACGGAGUCCAUUGCUUUUGUUAAGGUCAACCUCUACGGACACGUCUGACCUUGCUUCUCAUCGGCUGCUGCAUCUGAUGUGGAAAGUCACCGCAUUGCUUGUUAGACUUGUUGCUAUAAAGUGACUCCUUUUAUAGACCCAGACUCUGGUCAUGGACUUUCUCUCUUCAUAAGAGAUCAGUUUGAGCUAUUCUAGCUUCUAGAUGACCACUCCUAUUUACUAUCAUUCUCUCACAUUGCACUCACAAAUUUCUAUUUGUUAUUUACACUCUAUUUUUUCUGGCUUCUUAUGUGGGACGCGCUACUCAAGAGAAGGACGAGGCAGACUCCGCAGCUUUCGGUUUCCUAAAAGGACAUUUUCUGAUGCUUUAUAUAUGUAUGGAGGGGUGGUGGGGGGGGGGGGGGGGGAAUUGUUAAAUUUAAAUUAUUUAAUCUGUUUUCAGGCCACUUUUUUGUGGUGACUGGAACAAUUUCAGAUCUGUACCACAGGGGAAUUCUAAAUGUCACUUUUUUUGUAGGUCUCAAAAUCAAUCAAGAGGGGAGAAAACACCCUCUGUGGGGAGGGGGAAUCUUUCAUAAGUGUGUAAAUAUGUGUAUUAUAUGAUAUGAUCAUGGCGGUGUUUUGCCCGGGAUCUUUAUAAAGUUCCGUUCCCCUUCCCCACUCUACAUCUUUAAACCACUUUGCUAGAAUCAAAGAGAAAUAUGGGUUUGUAACGAUUAAAUUAUUUGGAUACCUGUAAGUAUGGAGCUUAUAUAAUGGACGGAGUUUUAUAUUUUUUUUCAGCCUGAAUAAAACUGGAUUGCUGAUCUA